AUGCGCUGCUGGGGGGCUUUUGUGUUGCUGGAUCUCGCCCCCUGCAGCUCCAGGGCAUCUCUGAGGAGCAUCUCUUUUACUCUGCCAGCAGGACCUCAAGAACAUCACCAGAACCCAGGCAAGAACCGAAGGACGAACACAGCAGGAGAACCUGUGGAACCCCUGGUGGCAGUGGAUUUCUCCUUGGUGCCGCCUGAGAACCGAGCAGGAGAACCGAGCAGAGGAGCAACAAGGGCACCGCUGAGGUUAGAGCCUGCAGAGGGAGGACGCGGUUGGAGGGCAGAGAGGAGAGGAGCAGAGAGGAGAGGACCAGGGGCAUCUCAUGACGGGCAGAAAAGAGAGAGGAGAGGAGCAGAGAGGAGAGGCUCAGCAGCAUCUCAUGAUAAGCAGACUGUCUCUGAGCUUCAGCUUCGCAGCUCAAGUUUUGCCCUGUUUGGAGACUCUGCACAUAACCAAGCCAUGGUGUACUGGACCGGCUACAACAGCAGCGUGAUCCUGAUUCUCACAAAACUCUUCGACUUCAACCUGGGAACAGUGACAGACAGUUCCCUUUGGAGAUCGCUGGAUUUAGGAAGCAGCUAUGAGAAGCUCAACGACAGGAUGGAUUCCAGACUGGUCCUGAGCUACCUGUACGUUUGCCCCUCCAAUAACAGAAAGAUUCUGCUGGUGAGUGACCCUGAGAUGGAUUCCAGUGUGGUGGUGAGUUCAGACGAGGGCAACUCCUUCCAGAGGCUCAGCAUCAGCUUUACCAUUCAGAGCCUGCUGUUUCACCCCGUAGAGGACGACUGGCUGCUAGCAUACAGCCAGGAGCAGAAGUUGUACUUCUCUGAGGAUUUUGGAAGAAACUGGAAUCUUGUCCAUGAAUCGGUUUCUCCAGGACGGUUUUACUGGGCAGUGUCGGGGCUGGAUGAAGAUUCUGACCUGGUGCAUCUGGAGGCUCAAGAUCCCAGUGGAUUGUUGAGGUACAUUACCUGCCUGGCUGGAAGCUGUCCUGACAGCAGGAAGUUCCCCUUCUUUGGCCGGAUCGAUGAAGGAUCUCUGGUUGUGCAAGAUGACUAUGUGUUUGUGCAGGUGACCACAGUUGGACCAACAAAGUACUUUGUCUCAUAUCAGAGACAACCUUUCCAGAGCAUUCAGCUCCCCAAAUACUGUCUGCCUAAGGAUAUGCACAUCAUAAGUACAGAAGGCCAGGUCCUGGCUGGGGUUCAGCAAUGGGACGAGAAUGACACCUACAGCCUCUACAUGUCUGAUCGCCAUGGAAACUACUUCAGCCCUGCCCUAACUUAUGUCCGCAUAUCACGAUCAGUAGCUGGAAUACUCAAUAUGGAUGUAUAUAAGGUGGCUGGUGUUAGCGGUGUGUUGUUGGCUAACAGGAGGGAGGGGGGUCGUGUGAGGACAUUCAUCAGCUUCAGUCAGGGUCAGAUGUGGCGUCUGCUUAUACCACCAGCCACCGAGCCCCACUGUAGCCUGCCUUCCUGCUCUCUUCACUUGCACCUACGGAUGUCUGAGAGUCCAUACUCUCCUGAUAGCAUCAUAAGCUCAGCUUCUGCGCCGGGGCUUAUUAUUGCAACAGGCACUCUGGGCUCAGAGCUGACCAAUCACAACACUAGGACCUUCCUCUCCUCUGAUGCAGGAAAUACCUGGAGACAGGUAUUUGAUAAAGAACAACGUGUGUGGUUUCUGGAAGAUGGUGGAGCUUUGCUAGCAAUCACCCAAGCUUCAGUUCCCAUCAGCCAUCUGUGGCUGAGUAUUGAUGAAGGAAGGAGUUGGCUACAGUACAGGUUCUCUGCCUCACCUCUAUUUGUGGAUGGAGUUCUGAUGGAACAGGACACACAUCACCACAUUAUCACGUUCUUUGGCCACCUGAGCCAUCGGUCUGACUGGCAGCUCAUCAAAGUGAACUACAGGAACCUCUUCAACCGGCAGUGCACUUCAGAAGACUACCAGAUCUGGCCACUACUCAAUCAGGGGGAGCCGUGUGUAAUGGGCCAGAGGCAAAACUUCAGGAAGCGUCGGCCAGGAAGCAGGUGCAUUCUGGGACGGCGGUAUCUGAAGCUGGUGUCGGCAGAAAGCUGCUCAUGCGCACCGUACGACUUUGAGUGUGAUUAUGGGUUUGAGCGACAGCUGGAUGGGAUCUGCUCUCCUGCAUUCUGGUACCAAGGGUCUGGCAUAGGAACAAACUGCACAUCAGGACAGAUCAGUGGGUACAGGAAGGUUGUGACCAAUAGUUGUGACGAGUCUGUGGAGCACCAUUUAGGUCCCAGAAUGCACCAGUGUGACGCCACGGCCCCUAAUGGUGUUCGCCUCAGCACGACUCACAGCGACCUGACGGCCAGACCACACACCAACGUCACCUUCCUGAUACACACACAGCAGGUGUACUCUUCAGGACUGGAUGUGCAGUUGGACUUGGGCGAUGGUGUGUGUGUGUCUCCCUCUGUCCUGAAACGUGUAUCUGACAGCACUACCCAUGUGUACACACACACUAACGUGUACUCACACACUUACGUGUACACACACGCCGGCAUCUACAGAGUCUCUGCACACGUACGCAACCACCUGGGAGCUGAUGACAGUCAACUGUUCCUGCACGUGACAUCCCCUGUGGAGCAGGUGAUCUUGUCUGCCCCUCGUGUCCUGUUGCUAGGGAAACAUACAAAUCUCUCUGCCCUAGUGCUGCCUGACAUCCCUAAAACUGCCGUCUACUAUUGGUGGAUAGAUAACAGCACAGAGCCUGUGGUGACUCUUGAAGGAUGGCUGUUGACCAGUUUCCAUCGGGUGGGCGUGGCUCAUGUGAGCCUCCAGGUGUCAUCAGAGGGCGUGGUCAGACAGGACAGCUCCACUAUCAUAGUCACAGAGGUGUUUCGCUCCAUGCUCCUGACCUUCUCUCCUAAUCUGGAGGAGCACAACCCCGCCAUCCCAGAGUGGAGGGAGGACCUGUCACGGGUUGUCAUGGCAACCAUCUCCCAGGGACACAUUAGCACAAACUGA